UUUGUCAAUUCUCUCUCUCUCCCUCAUGCCUCAACUUACCUGAAUUUCCCAUUCUCCUCACUCAUCUCUCUUUGAUUUUGAUUUCUUGGGUUUUCAUUCCUUUGUUGAAUGUGAUUUCACUUCUGUGAUUGUUCGUUUUGUUUCAAGUUCAUACACCUCUCGGAUCUUUCUUGGAUCUUUCUUUUCUAGGGUUUUGGGGAUCUACCAUGCAUUGAGUGUGUGUAAUUUUAAGGUUUUAUUUUAAGAACCUAUUGAUUUCGGAUGCCCCCAUUUUCGGAGUUUCAAGAACCCAUCUUUGCUUUCUAGGGUUUAUGUGCGCUCCCUGUUUAGAGGGUUUUCUGAGCUUGUCUGAGCUUUUUAUUGUGUACCCAUUUGUUAAAUUUAGAAGAAACAUCAAUCAAUUUGUUUGUGUCUGAGCUGCUAGGAUUUGGAGAUUUUCGUAGAUGGAAAAGGAUAAGUCCCCCAACCAUGGUGGGGGUUUUCUGCCUCCGUUAGGACGGUAUUCGGGUUUUUCUCCUCCGGGUAACAGUUUCAAUACGAAAUCAGAGCCUAUGGCAUCAUCAACAUUGCCUCCACUAGGACCUGGGGGUAGUUCAGAAACGGGUCAUUUUGGUCAUGGGAUUCCUAUGGAUUCUAGCCAUUUUAGUCAUGAUAUUAGCCGAAUGCCCGAUAACCCGCCAAAGAAUAAGGGCCAUCGGCGUGCCCAUUCGGAAAUUCUUACUCUUCCUGAUGACAUUAGCUUUGAUAGUGAUCUUGGUGUUGUGGGUGGUUUGGAUGGACCUUCAUUGUCAGAUGAGACUGAAGAAGAUUUGCUUUCUAUGUACCUUGAUAUGGAUAAAUUUAAUUCAUCCUCAGCAACAUCUGCCUUCCAAGUUGGCGAGCCAUCUUCUGCAGCAGCUGCACAAACUCCAGCUUCAGCAACUUCUCCUACUGAGAAUGUGGCCCCUCCUUUUAGUGAGAGGCCCAGAGUUAGACAUCAGCAUAGCCAGUCAAUGGAUGGGUCGACUACAAUUAAGCCUGAGAUGCUCAUGUCAGGUUCAGAAGAGGCAUCUGCAGCUGAUUCUAAGAAAUCCAUGUCUGCUGCUAAGCUUGCUGAGCUUGCUCUUAUUGACCCAAAGCGUGCCAAGAGGAUUUGGGCAAAUCGGCAGUCAGCUGCUAGGUCAAAGGAAAGGAAGAUGAGGUACAUAGCUGAGCUUGAAAGAAAAGUUCAAACCCUGCAAACUGAAGCAACCUCAUUGUCUGCUCAAUUGACCCUGUUGCAGAGAGAUACAAAUGGCCUGACUGCAGAAAAUAGUGAACUUAAGCUGCGUUUGCAAACAAUGGAGCAACAGGUUCACUUGCAAGAUGCAUUAAAUGAUGCACUGAAAGAGGAGAUUCAGCAUUUGAAAGUACUGACUGGCCAAACUAUUCCAAACGGUGGACCAAUGAUGAACUUUCCUCCGUCGUUUGGAGCCAACCAACAAUUUUAUCCCAACAAUCAUGCUAUGCACACUCUCUUGACUGCCCAGCAGUUUCAGCAACUCCAAAUUCAUCCCCAGAAGCAGCAGCUGCAGCAGCAGCAGCAGCACCAGUUUUCACAGCAUCAACUACACCAGUUUCAGCAGCAACAACUUCAGCAGCAGCAACAGCAGCAGGAGCAGCACUCACAACAAUUGCGUGCUUCAAUGCAUUCUCCAAGCCAGAAAGAGAACGGUUCAGAUGUCAACCCUUCAUCAAAGGAUUAAUUGCGGAAUAGAAAUGGGCGGAUGUGGAAAUGGGUGGAUCUGUGGAGCUUGAAGGGUCAGUUAGUGUCCAAAUCUUUGGUGUUACGAUUAUGGUGUCAGAUAUGUCCGUUUUCUGUCUGUUGUUUCUAGUGUGAUUAGAUGUGUCUGUGUAACUAUUUUGUAGGCAGUUUAUAUUUGGAUUUAAGUUCAGGAUUUGAGAUGUGGUGGUUGAUCUAUUUGUAGGAGUAUUAUGUUGGAUUUAGUUCGUGGUUGAAUUGUGGGGGUGAUUUCAUUCAUUUAUUUUAGUCAUGUAGCACAUGUUUUGGCGAAUAUAUCUGGUGGUAGUCUUGUAUUUAAAAUUUUCAAAAUGCUCUCUCUCUC